AUGCAUGAAAAUGAGAGGGUGCAACGAAGCAUAAGAAAUAUGAAUGAGCAAAUGGAGAGGUUGCAACUUGACAUGGCAGCCCAACGAAGGGAAAUGGCAACCAAUCAACAAGCCAUUAUGGACCAAAUUAAUGCACUUGCCCGAGGUCUGGGAAAUAGGCUUGAUGAAGGAGGGAAUGUGCAAGGUAAUCAUGGGCAGCCAAUUGGGGUGAAUGAGGAUGACUUUGAUGAGGGUUUUGAGGAGUAUGAUAAUGCAGCCUAUGGUGGGGUUGGUAGAGGCCUGGGUAGAGGAGCUAGGAGAUACCAAAAUCUUGGUAGAGGUAGAGGACACUUUGGUGGUGAGUUUGGUGGUUAUGGGAACUAUGAUGAUGUUGAUAGGAACUUAGGUAGUAUCAAACUUAGUAUUCCUACCUUCUUAGGAAAAACUGAUCCGGAGGCAUAUUUGGAGUGGGAAAAGCGAGUUGACCUUAUCUUUGAUUGCCAUAACUUUUCAGAGGAGAAAAAGGUGAAAUUGGUGGUUACCCAAUUUAGUGACUAUGCUAUAGUUUGGUGGGAUCAGUUGGUGGUUAGUAGGAGGAGGAACAUGGAAGAGCCUAUUGGUAGUUGGAUUGCACUCAAAACUAUCAUGAGAAGGCGUUUUGUACCCAGACAUUACCAUAGGGAGUUACAUCAAAGACUCCAAUCUUUGAGGCAAGGUACAAGGAGUGUUGAGGAUUUUUAUAAGGAGAUGGAAAUGCUCAUGACUAGGGCUGAUUUGGAUGAGGAUAGAGAAGCUACCAUGGCACGAUUCAUUGGUGGGCUUAAUAAGGAGAUUGCUGAUAGGGUAGAGUUGCAACAUUAUGUGGAGCUUGAGGAGUUAGUUCACCUUGCAAUUAAGGUGGAAAAGCAACUAAAACCUAGAGGGACAGCAAGGUUUGAAUAUAAGGGCACUUCGAGUGGGAGGCCACAUUAG